UCGAUCUCCAUUGACAUCAAUCCCUCUGGGCUGAUUCAGUGCUCUACUAAAGAUGUCUACCCAGCACCGGUGGUGCAGUGGAGCACAGAACCCUGGUUAAGUCCUGCUGCUCUGCAGCCCAUCACCCGCAUGGCUCCUGGCGGAAAGGGCCUCUUUAAAGUGGAGAGCAUCCUAAAACAGCAGAACAACAGCCUUGAUCAUAUAUAUGUGUGUGACAUCACCUCCAAAUAUGGCACACAGACAUGGACAGCUUCAUUACAGCUGCAAGAAAUUACCGGCUUUGAAGGGAAAGACCUGGUUAUUCCAUGUAAAGCUCCAAAGAAUUUUCAGUCCUUCUCUCUCGUCUGGACUUUUACGGCAGCAAACAAAACCACAGAUAUCCUCACGUAUGACAGCCAGACACAUGAAUCCAGCAGCUCCUGGGAUCACGCAGAACUAGAGGAGGACAACGCAUUGAAGGGGGAUGUUUCACUAAGCCUGGAGAACCCUGGGUUAGAACUUUCUGGAAUCUACACAUGUGCCUUCUUAGAAGCAGAGACACGGCAUCUAAUACAGACCCGUGUUGUUAUUACAUCCUCCAGACAGGGAAAAGAUUUUCUUAAAUAUAAUCUGUGGAUGUUGGGUAUCAUCGCAGGAUUAAUUGCCCUUCUUGCACUCACUUUAAUUAUAAAAAGAUACAGAGUAAAAUCAAAAAGAAAUCAAGACAGCACUCAAGAGGAUGCGGAAAUGCAAAGCAUGAACCCAGACAAAACAUCAGAAGAGCCACAAGCAGGAAAUAAACUUAUGACACAGCCUUCAGGUUCUCACAGUUAGCCAUGGAAAGAAGAAAAAAGAAUAUGAGAGA